AUGAGCGAGAGAGAUAAUUCAUCAGGUGAUUAUAGAAGAAGUCUUGUCGUCUCGAAGGAAAAGUUUCAGAACUUUAGUGCCACAAAAAAAUUCAGAAGUAACGAGUUUGUCCAGUAUAGCACUGAAGAUCAAGAAAGAGAGGUUAGUCAGGUAUUUACUACUACUCGGAUAUUGCCUAAUGAUGAAGCCAUAAUAGUAUUAGAAGUAUGA